AUGAAGUUCCUGCUCCGCCUGUCGCUAGCAACCCUCCUGGUAGCAUCCAGCCUCGCCGCCUCCAACACCCCUCCAUCCCUCAAGGCCACAGGAAACCCUGUCCAAGAUUUUAUCAAUGACCCCCAAAUCCAAGCCAUAGCCCCACACCUCGUCCAACUCCUCCCCUCUUCUGCCUCCUACCCCUACAACCAAGACGGCACCCCUCUCUCCUCUUCCCCAAUCGCAGACACCAAGAUCCCCCUGCUCAACGACAUAAUCGAGAUCGUCUCCAUGACCAUCUUUAACGCCAAAACCGCCGACUGGUCCCGACUCGAGGCUGCAAAGCUCCAGGCCAUCCAACAGCAUGGUGAGGAGGCUGUUAAUAUGUCGGGGGACUUGAAUGCAAUGGAUAUGCACCGUGCGGCGGUGAUUGUCAAGACGAUUUAUGAUACCGUGAUUCAUAUCCCGGCGACGAACAAGGAGACAUAUGCAGCGAGGGCUGAGGAUUCAAGGACGAAGAAGUCGGGUGGAUCUUUCUGGGAUUUCCUUGGGUUCGGACUUGUGAAGUCAUCGGAGGCGGUGCAGGGUGUGAAGUCGUUGGUGAGCCCGGAGAGUUAUGGAUGUGAGACAGAUGAUGUGGCGUAUCUCCGCGGGGUGAACGAAGUUGUCUACUACUCUUCAUUGACCGACGGACUCGCAGGAGGAACACUCGCCGCCGCGCCUGCUAAUUCAGCAGUCAAGUCCCUAGGUCUCGGCACGAUCAUCGCCUCAGUGGGCAAGCUCGCCAUAGAACUCCACAUGGCGCAAGCCGUCGCCCGGCUGGCAGACCUAAACCCCGCCGACGACGCCGUCCGGGCCAUGAUAUACUUAGCCCUUGAAGCCUCCUCCGCACACGACGAGUCGGCACAAACAGCGCGGGACCUAUUCAACAUCAAUCGUCGGAGCCUCCUAUCCCGCGUCCCCUUUGGGGCCCUUAAGUCCCUCGAAGACGCCAGCGCAUUAGCAUUGAUGACCCGGGGCGCAGGAAAAGGAGGCAGUGGAGGUCCAAGACUGUUUUCAGGAAUCCCGGUGUUGCGGAAUCUGUUUACGUUCAGUAGUGAUGUGUUGAGCGCGAAUUCGUUGGGAGAGGUUGUCAAGUUUGUGUUCUGUCCCGAGACGGAUGCUCUUAAGCAGCCUAUUGUUGGUAGUGGUACAGGGCAGCAGAGGAUGCAGCAUGAUCAGCAGGAGGAAAAGGAGCAGGGUCAAGGACAGGAUCAUGAGCAGAAGGUGUUGAAAAUUUCGAAGCGGUCGUUGAGACGUGAGGAGGCUAUCAAGAACGCCAAGCUUCUUGCCAAGCAGCAAGCAGAGUCUGCUCAGGACAAGGAGUUGUAG